UUCAGUUUACUAGUGUGUGUGUGAAGGAAAAUAAGACUUCAAAUUGCAAAUUCAUAUUUUUUUUUAAAUACUUUAAAUAAGAAUGUCGUUAAACUACGAAGAAAUGAGUUGGUCAGAUGUGCGGGAUCAGUUCAGGAAAUGGCGCGAGGAGUCUGGACGACACAGCGAUGAGGUGGUUCAGUUGUGGGUGGCAGUACUGGAGGACAAAGUCCAAAAGACCGGUAAUGAACGGCAUUUGAUACUAGAGCAAGUCAUUGUGGCUGCCUUGGACACUGCACGCUUCGACAUUGCCACAAAGUGCACAAAGCAACUGAACGAAGAGUUUCCCGGCAGCCUACGUGUGAUGAAGUUCAAGGCAAUGCGAUUGGAGGCACUCGAACAGUACGAUUCAGCCAUCGAAGUGCUGGAUGCCAUCAUUGAGAAGGAUGAGACAAAUGCAGCGCCACGCAAACGAAAGAUUGCUAUAAUGAAGGCGCGAGGAUUGCGCUUGGAUGCCAUCAAAGAACUGAAUGCCUAUUUGAAAAAAUUUAUGUCGGACCAGGAGGCGUGGCAGGAACUGUGCAACUUGUACAUGGGCGAGGGUGAAUAUGGCAAGGCAGCAUUCUGCAUGGAGGAAGUGCUGCUACACAAUCCCCACAGUCAUCUGAUACAUCAACGUCUGGCCGAGAUCCGUUACACUAUGGGUGGCUUGGAAAACAUUGAAAUCGCUCGCACUUAUUACUCGCAGGCCAUCAAACUCAAUCCACACAAUUUACGUGCACUCUAUGGUCUCUUUUUGUGCUGCAGUUAUUUGGCCAACUCAAAGGCAGUGAGUUCGAAGCGCAAGGAGUCUCAGAAGCUCGCUCAAUGGGCCUUGGAGCAGGCUUCGAUUCAUACUGCCAACCACACAACGAUCAAGAACAAUGAGAAAUUAAUAGCAUCGCUGGAUUCUGCUUUCGGUGGUUUGGAGAUCAAGUCGAAUUGACCCAUAACUAACGAUGAUGUUGUUAGCAUAGGUGCAAUACCCGACAAAACGUAAACAAUUCCAAAUAUGCUUAAAAUACCAUCUACAAAUAGUCUUACUAUAUGUUUCAAGAACACGAAUGCAACGUGAGCUGAUCAGCCAAAUUCGUGUAUAUUAUAUUCAUCUUAUAGUUUUGUUAUGGUGUUUGUCCCCAGCCUCGAUCAAUCUUACAAAGCAAGAGUGCAUUAAUAAGUCUAGCUAAAAUCCUAAAUACAAUAUAUACAACUCAUUUAAUGCACUUUGCGCCCGAUCUUAUAAAUGAUGUAUCAAACAAUUGGCCAAUUUUGUGUAUUAGCAUUAAUAAAGAGCUGAAUUCAA